CUUGUGCUUCCUCUUCCAGCAGCGCCUGCGAUCAUGGCGGACGUAAUAGCGGAGCGGGUAGCAGAGCAGAAAGCGGUCCUGAACCGGGAGCUGAACGGAGAAGCGGAGGACCGAGAGGAGGCCGAUCCAGCGGAGGAAACCUCGAAAAAGAAGAGAAAAAAGAAGAAGAAGAACAAGUCUGCGGGGACAGGCACUGAGGCAGAGGUGGAGGCGGACGGAGUGGCCGAGGUGACCAAACAGCUGGAGAAGCAGGCGAUAGAGGACAAAGAGAAGGAAGAGGAGGGCGAGGAAGUCUUAACUUACACAGACGGAGACGAUGGAGAGAACUCUGCAGGAAAGAAGAAGAAGAAGAAAAAGAAGAAGAAAGGAACCAAAUGUCAGACUGAUCCUCCAUCUGUGUCCAUCUGUGAGCUCUACCCAAGCGGAGUUUUCCCCAUUGGACAGGAAUGUGAAUACCCUGUCGUUCAGGAUGGUCGCAGCGCCGUGUCACGCAUGACCAACGAGGAGAAGCGGGUGCUGGAUAAAGCUAACGAGGAGAUGUGGAACGACUUCAGGCAGGCGGCCGAGGCGCACAGGCAGGUCCGGAAGCAUGUCCGCAGCUUCCUGAAACCUGGCAUGACCAUGAUCGAAAUCUGCGAGCGGUUGGAGGACUGCUCUCGUAAGCUGAUAAAGGAGAACGGGCUGAACGCCGGCCUGGCCUUCCCCACCGGCUGCUCCCUGAACCACUGUGCUGCUCACUACACUCCCAACGCUGGAGACACCACUGUCCUCCAGUACGACGACGUCUGCAAGAUCGACUUUGGCACUCACAUCAACGGGAGAAUCAUUGACUGUGCCUUCACCGUCACGUUUAACCCAAAGUACGACAAGCUUUUGGAGGCCGUGAAAGACGCCACCAAUACCGGAAUCAAAAACGCCGGCAUCGAUGUGCGCCUGUGUGAUGUCGGAGAGGCAAUCCAAGAGGUGAUGGAGUCCUACGAGGUCGAGCUUGAUGGCAAAACAUACCAGGUGAAGCCCAUCCGAAACCUGAACGGUCAUUCCAUCGGUCAGUACAGGAUACACGCUGGAAAGACUGUGCCCAUCGUUAAAGGAGGAGAAGCGACGAGAAUGGAGGAGGGCGAGGUGUACGCCAUCGAGACGUUCGGCAGCACGGGUAAAGGCGUGGUCCACGACGACAUGGAGUGCUCGCACUACAUGAAAAACUUUGACGUCGGCCACGUCCCUAUCAGGCUGCCGCGAGCGAAGCACUUGCUGAACGUGAUCAACGAGAACUUCGGCACGUUGGCGUUCUGCCGGCGCUGGCUGGACCGCCUAGGCGAGAGCAAGUACCUGAUGGCCCUGAAGAACCUGUGCGACCUCGGCAUCGUGGACCCCUACCCCCCGCUCUGCGACACCAAGGGCUGCUACACCGCUCAGUUCGAGCACACCAUUCUGCUCAGGCCCACCUGCAAGGAGGUGGUGAGCCGGGGGGACGACUACUGACACCCCUACCUUCCAGCACCACCAGACCCCGCCCCCUCACUACCACACAGCACCUGUUGGAGAACUCGGGGAUGAAGUGAAGGAUGCCAGACGCUGACAGUGCACAGCUUUCAGGGAAGGAGAAGCAGCUGUCUGAGCGCUCCGCCAUCAACCACAACUAAAGAAACAAGCCCACACCUUUCUCUUGGAUAGAGAUUUGUUUUUUCCAGUUUCCAUCAGGACUAUCAUAUUGCAAAAUAUUACAUUUAAGCUGCUGCUGAAUUUAGUGCAACCCCAGUUUUCAAAGAGUUUCUCUCCACUUUGAGCCUCCGGGGCUUUGGUGCUCUGUUAAAAUGAAGCACCAAGGCCACUGACGGCUUAAAGAAGUGGUCAGGCCUGCAUGCUGGCAUGGCCCAAAGUCUUUGCAGACUGUUCCUAACAUUUAAAAGCUUGGGGAAGAGGUGGUCUUGUAGUUAGAUAUUCAUACAGACACCGGUCACCUGCAGCUCUAUGUUUGGCUUCUGUUGCAACAGGAGGGAACUCUGCACUAUGGCCCUCCGCUUAUCGGUUCUUUGGUAUUUGUAAAGUAUCUUUGAAAUGGCUGCUGCCACUCUGUUCCAGAUUAAAAUGCUUCAUUUUCAAA